UGUUGCAGGAGGAUCAUCUUCAGGAUCUUGUUGCUGCGUCGUGAGAGCGAUGGGGCUAAUUCGACUGCAUCCACAAGGGACGACCACCAUCAGGAGUAUGCCUCGUCGUGGGACUCUAUCGGCAGUGUCACGUCGCGCCGGGAGUGUUCUGGAGCGUCCAGCUUCGAACUUCGAAGUCCCCAACACCCGGAAUCCCGGAAUUUCCGGGAUUCUGAGUCUUGGAAACUUCGAAAUUCGAAUUUCAAGGACUCCAAAACUUUGUUUUGGAGUUCUUGGAAUUUGCAUUUCGAAGUUUCUGGGACUUAGUAUCCCGGAACUUCCGAAUUUCGUGUCUUGGGGGCUUCUAAGUUCGAAUUUGGACCCUCCACCGUUCGGGCCUUGACCCGGACGCUCUUCGAAUAACCAAAACCUUUCGCGCUAAACCUGGUAGGCUUGAAAAAUUUGUUUUUGUCCUUAAUAAAACA